AAGCCCGACCUUGGCGCGGUGCACCUCGCGGGCGGCGUUGCCCCGGGAUCGACUCCUCAACACGCGCACGACUCCCAACGGGGUGUAGACGGGACAGCGAGCCGGGAACGCGCGUUACUCACGGCCAUGGACGUCUCCGCGUUCUCCGACGACAGCUUCGACGUGAAGGAAUGGAUCAACCGGACGUUCAAGUCCGCCGAGGCACAGGAGAACAAGGAUGCUUUCGUCUCAUCAUUGGUGAUGAAGUUGCAAUUGUACGUGCAACAAGUCAAUAGUGCUCUGGAGGAGACUAGCCAAUCGGUUCUCUCCAGCUUGCCGAGAAUCCUGAGGGACACUCAACUGCUGCAGCAGGAGACCGUAGCGCUAAGGGAGAAAAUGGUUGCUGUCAAGCAAGAGAUCGCCAAGGUCGAGAGAGAUACAGCCUCUUCUAUGGCGAUGCUAGAGAAGAUCGACAGGAUAAAAACGGAGCUGCAGACUGCUAAACAGGGUUUACACGAGGCUGAUAACUGGACAGUAUUAGCGAACGACGUGGAGGAGGUAUUCGAGUCCGGCGACAUUGAAGCCAUAUCUAAUAAACUGUUCAGCAUGCAGAAAUCUCUAGCGAUGCUCGCGAACGUGGUCGAUUACGAGGACAAGAAGCUGCAGUUGGAAGGCUUGAAGAAUCGUCUGGAGGCGAUGGCCAGUCCACGAUUGGUCCAAGCAUUCACCGCUGCCAAUCUGGAACAAUCCAAGGUUUACGUGGACAUCUUUAGCAAGAUGGAACGUCUGCCGCAGCUGCUCAAGUACUAUCACAAUUGCUUGAAGGUCUCCCUGGCGCAAGAAUGGAGGCGCACCAUUGAGCUAGCGCAAGACGAGAACGUGACCUAUUGGCUCCACACGUACUACGACAAACUGUUAUCUUCCUGGCAUGAACAGGUGAAAUGGUGCCACCAAGUAUUCCCUGAUACGUCGAUGGACAUUCUCAUCGAGGUGUACGCUGACCUUUUGAGGAGCCUAGAUCCCAGUAUUCCGGAGUGCAUAGAAGCAGUGCUGAAGCAACAUUCCAACGCGGUGCAGUUGUCGAUAUUGCUCGAGCUGAAGCAGAUGACGAGACAUUUCGCUGUGAACUUGAACGGUGCUAUCGAGACGUCGCAGCGCGGCAAGUCGCAGAGCGAGAAGUUGUUGCCGCUGGCGCAAGCUACGUACGCGCCUUACGUUCCGUACGUCGCCAAGUACAGCACGUUCGAGACGGCGCAGCUGGAGCAGCAGCUCCAGUUCCUGGAUCGUUCGCACGACGACUUGAGCGACACUAUUAAUUCUCUUUCCCUCAGCAUCUCCAGGAUCAUGGGCUACGCUAACGAAGCCAACAAGCGUUGCAAGCUCUUUACCGAAGGUUGCGGUUAUCCUGGUUUACUGCAAUCGUUAAAUAUUUUCUUUAACCGAUAUCUUGAGAAAUAUCAGCAGGGUCUGCGACAACUUGAGCGGAAGAAGGUGAAACACGAAGAUUGGAAUCUGUUUCAGAUGUGCCUUACCUUGAUGCAGACAAUUGGUGACCUGCUGCAACAGGUGCAACAGUUUGAAAAAUCGCUCGUGAUCGACAUCACGGAAGUUAACAAUAAAUUACAGAGUACGAACGGCAGUAUUUUUUGCCAAUACAAGAAGCUACUGCUAACCGCAGCGGGGUGCGGCGAUCUGGAAAAUCUCGUUGCGUCUUUCCAGAGAGAGGACAAGACAAUUCUCGACUCGAUCGUGAAGUCUGUUCAGAAACUCUGUUCUGAUUUGCAUCACACGACGUACGAGGUCAUUUUCGCGCCGAUAUUCACUCAACUGCUGCUGGUGCAAAAGGCGCCGGCCUGGUCGGCGGACACCAGCAAGAUGUCCAAUCUGAGUUCAGAUCUGCCGGAUUACAGCUUCGCACCUCAGGAAUACAUUACGCAAGUCGGACAGUAUUUAAUGACUUUACCGCAACACCUAGAACCGUUCCUGUUGAGGGAUAAUCCGAGUCUGACGCAAGCGUUAAAAGCGGCUGAUCCGCAAUAUGCCCAAGUCUCGACCGAAUCUGGAUUCACCGGUAUACUGUUGGACAUCGUCGCACGUGGAACGUGUCAGAUGUUCCUGGAUCAAACCUUGGGUAUCUGUCAGUUGAACUCCGUCGCCUGCAAACAGCUCGCGACCGACAUCGACUACCUUGGCAACGUGUUAGAGGAACUCGGUCUGUGCUUAUCGGAAAAUCUGCAACACAUGUCGUUAUUAUUAAGAUUAUCUCCGGAGGAUUAUCAGAGUGGCAGUUCUGGUUGCAAUGCCCGUGUCGUAGCCGCCGUCAGACAGAUGCGCAAUAUUACGUCUUCUGGCUGACACGACUGUCAUCAAAUAGGACAUACGUUGUAAAAUAAGAGUUCAUUAAUGUAUAUUUUUUUGACGGCGAUUUCGUAUGGCAUUUGUAUAACGUGCUUGAUUAUACUUCAAUUGUAAGAAAUAAGGUCGUGCAGAAUAAUAAAGUAAUAAUAUGCGGGCGC